AUAUCCUCUAGACUCUUAACCAACAACAAAAAAGUUUGAAGAAAUAAAGAAAAUGAUAAGGGAAGAAUGUACUCCAAGUUCGUCAUGGUGGGAAGAUGUUCAUCAUGAUGAUCAUGCAAGCUCCAUUUCAACUUCUUUUUACCAUAAGAAUAGUAAUGGUAACAAUAAUAAUAACUCAAACGCAAACUGUGAAGGAGACAAUCUCUCGAUCUCAACGGUAAACACUUCAAAUCGUUUUGACCUAACCGCUGAAUCAUCCAGUCGUCACUCUCUCUCGGCUCCGGAUCACCCUGCUUCAACCUCCGAUGAGUUGCUCCGAGACCACGUCGUCUCUUCUAAUAAUCAUCUAUGGAGUCUUGCCUACUUGCCUGGUAGAAGUUUAGGAGAUCAAAUGCUGGAUCAUCAUCAUCAUAAUAAUCACAUAACAUCUUCAAGAAAUAAUUCAUCAACAACAUCAGAAUUACCUUUUGAGCCAGUCUGCGACAACGCCAACGGUUGGAUCUACGACACAAACCAAGUAAGGUACAAUCAAAGUAGUGACCAAAGGCUGUCAAAGUUGACGGAUCUCGUAGGCAAACACUGGUCGCUUGCGCCACCGAGUAAUCCCGACAUGAACCAUAACCUUCAUCAUCACUUUGAUCAGACAAGCGAUGAUAUUUCUAUGUACAGACAAGAGUUGGAAGUGAAAAAUGAGGAAGAUCUUUGUUACAAUAAUGGAUUAAAUGGUGGUGCGUCGUUGUUUCGUGAUGCUAUAGAAAGUUCAAGAAGUUUCCUUGAUAUAAGGUUAAGCAGGCCAUUAACGGAUAUUAAUCCGUCGUUUAAGCCAUCCUUUAAAGCCUUAAGCUUAUCUGAGUUUGGCAAGAAAGAGCAUCAAACAGCAUCACUGCUAUUUUCGCAGGCAACUGUAAGGUUGGGAUCAACAAACGCCGGGAAGAAGAAAAGAUGUGAUGAAGUCUCCGAUGAGGCCUCUAAGAAGGCUAAGUGCGGCCGCGAUUCCACACAUUCGCCGGAUAAGGAUUUACCCAAAGCCAAGCUUCGAGACAAGAUCACGACUCUACAGCAAAUUGUGUCUCCCUUUGGAAAGACGGAUACUGCUUCUGUGCUUCAGGAGGCCAUCACAUACAUCAAUUUUUAUCAAGAGCAAGUAAAGCUGCUAAGCACUCCUUAUAUGAAGAACUCAUCAAUUAAGGAUCCAUGGGGAGGAUGGGACAGAGAAGAGCACAACAAAAGAGGACCGAAACAUCUAGACCUAAAGAGUAGAGGCCUUUGUUUGGUUCCUAUUUCUUGCACCCCAGUCGCCUACCACGAUAACAGUGCAACUGACUACUGGAGUCCCUCGUAUAGAGGUUCUUUGUAUCGCUGAUAUGAGCACAAUCAACUGGUAUGUGAAAAGAGACCGAUUUGAUUAGCGAUAAACCAUUUGAAACAUCUAUCGGUGAUUUUGCAGUGGAGCAAGCAGUAGAAAAAAGAACAUUAUAUGUAUAUAUACUAUACAUAUUAAUCACUGGGGUCGUAGUUAUAUGAUUUGCAGAUGUUCCGCUUAAACAUGUAUUAUAGCCUUAUAUUAUACAAUAAUAUUGGGGUUUGAUUAAGAUAUAAUACAAUGUAAUACAAGAUUAGUUUACUUGUUACAAGGCUUUAUAUA